AUGGCGAUGAUGGAUAAUAAAGAUUUUCUUAUUAAUCACAUUCGUAAUUCGUUUAUCACUAGUGAUGAUACAGGAAUGUGUGAAUUGAUAAUUGAUGGAGGAUACUUUGGGGAAGUCUUUGGCCAAGUCCAAGGUUCAAGUGCCCACAGGAGACGUUCUAAUACAGCUCAACGUCUCGAUAGACUGAAGAAAGAAAAGAGAAGUCAUCAUAAAGCUAAAACUUUCAGUUGGAAAUCAGGCAAUGAUUAUAAAGUGGAAGAGAAGGGUUUUUUAUUUGAACGUAAAGUUAUCUCCCCUCCUGAAAUAAUGCUAGAGAAACAAGUGGGAAAGAAGCAGUCUAGAUUAUCACAAUUGAUUGAUACAAUAGGAGACAAGGGAGACAACCCUUUCAUGGAAUACGCAAGAUAUGAUGGACGAUUAAGUGGAGGUGUAGCUAGUAAAAGAAUUGAUAUCUAUCUAACCAUGUUACUACCUAAAGAAAGAGCCUACCCUAUGCCGAUAGUUGUUUUGUCAUCAGCUAAAGUCUCUGAUAUGAUUGGAAUGAUUUGUUGGCAGUAUACCAAUGAACAGAGGGAACCUAAAUUAAAAGAAAGAUUAGACAAUUAUUCUCUCCAUAUCGCUGAAGAUGAUGGUGAAGUAGACUCUGAUUUUCCUAGUUUAGAUAAUCGUGAACCUGUCUCUAAGUUUGGUUUUGGUAAACUAGCUCUAGUAGAGAAAGCGACGUCUGGUGUUUCACCUAGGGCUCUAAUACUAGUCACAAUACAUAUUCCAAAUCGAGGUUUCAACAAGUUUCAAGUCGAUGAUAAUAAUGUACAGUUGAGAAUUUUAAUGGAGAAAGUUUUAAGAAGACGUAAAAUUAAAUUACGACCAGGAUUAAAAUAUAAUCUAGAGAAAUUGAAUGAUCCUGGUGUUCCGAUAGAUCUUGAUGCUACAUUGAUGUCCCUAGAUACUCUAGAGUUCGUACUCAUCAGAGAAAACAGUGCUCGAGAUGAUCAUGAUAAAUAUAAUAAAAGUUUUGAUACCAGUGAUGUAGCUGAAUCACUAACUAGUCACCAGUAUAAAUCAUAUAUAGUUAAUUUAGUACAUCGACUUCGUACUAAUACAGAGGUACAUUUAGGAAUUAGUGGAGAGAAGGUAGAAAUAGAUCCAGUUAUAAGUAAAGGAGCUUCACGAUUAUUCCGUCAACGAGCCGUAUCAUUCGAUGCUGAUUCCAUCGCAGAUUGUCAUCUACUAGAACAGAAAUCAAACGGUAAAUCUAUAUUUAGAAUCACUCAUCUAGUGGAGCCAGAUUUUAAACAUCAUGAUUUCGAGGCUGAUCACGACACAUCCUCUGAGAUAGUCCAGAAAAUAAAUCAUAUAUUAGAACUUCGACUCAGUCCAGCCAGGAAAGAUUUCGUCUCAUUCCGAGAGAAACGUUUAUCUAUGAGAAGAAAAGACUCAUUUAAAAGUAGUAGUUGA